GAUGGUUGGAGAGGGAGGACAUAGGACCACGAUGCGCAGCGGAGAAGCUGUGACUGGAGAUUGUAAGAGGGGCUGGGGAGCUGCGGUCAGAAAGCAGACGAGCUUUGGGUCUCGGUUGGUUUUCAGUAGGGUGUCUGGAGCUGGUUGCUCUUCAGUUAGGUGGACAGUCUGAGGGCACCGCAGCCACGUAGGGAUCCUAAGAAGUGGGUGAGGUCUGGGUGUGUGACGGGUGUGCAGCCCAGCAGGGCUAUGAAGUCCCAACACUCCCCAGAGAACGCGGCCAGGGAGAGGAGCCGUGUACGUAARCUCCGCCAGGCUUUCCACAGCCUGCAGGCAGCCCUGCCCUCCGUCCCCCGUGACACCAAGCUCUCCAAGCUGGACGUCCUGGUCCUGGCCACCGACUACAUCGCCCACCUUACUGAGACCCUGGACCAGGGUGGGGCUCUCUCUGAACUCACAGUGCCCCCCAGGGCAGGGGGAUACCUCCACCCAGUCAAGAAGUGGCCGAUGCGCUCCUUGCUGUACUGUGGGAGUGUGGGAGCACUGCUGUCAGCCAAUCAGAAGCCAGCGUCAGGGGAGGAGGAAACACAUCCUCUGACCCCUACCCCAGAGGUCGACAUGGACCAAUCCGUUUAGGACUAGGAGCGUUGAAAUACAAUAUAUCCAACUGUGAUGCUUAUGAAACUGCAGCGAAUGGCAAUGUAAUGUAUGUGCUGAACACGGAAACACCUAGAACAAUGUCAAGAUAGAAAUAAAAUACACCAGAAUCACA